UAUAUAGAGGGAGGAAAGAGUUGAAAAAAAUAACCAGAACUUCCUAAAAUUAACCUCUGCCUAGUAUACCAAGCAGGAUAAACAAGGAAAAUACAGUAAAUAAAAAAUUUUAAAACUUCAACUGAGCAUAUUAUAGUGAGAUUUCAAAACAUGUAAAAUAAAGAGAACACUGAAAAUUACUGGAAAGAAAAAGAGAAUGAUUUAAGAACGAGUGUGAACUUGACUAAUGUUAGACUUUUUAUCUGGUAUUUACAAAGUGGAUUCCACUGAGCCAUCCCACAGCCAGAGGAGAUAGGAGCAAAUCGUUGGGGAGUCUGCCCCUGCAUGAGGAUUGCCUACACCUGACACAGCGGCGUGUGUACCAGUUUCUGACUGGAGGGUGAUGACACGCUGAAGCCAAGUGCUGACAUGCCUUGGUUCAGGGAUGGAAGUCACCCACAGAGAUGGCAGUGCCAGUGAAAGCUGCCUCUGGGCCGUGUCUUGCUACCAACUCAUCCUGCUGACAGCCCCUGGCCUGCCCCUCCAGGAUGUCCACACAGCAGGUGUGGGUGCAGUGCCCAUGGAGUGUGCUGGUGGAGACUGGUGUCCCCAGACCCGGCAUGCUGGUCCCCUUUGCUCCAGUCAGUGUCAGUCGAGUCAGGGCUGUUGAAAUGCACAAUGGAGCUUGGAGCGAAGCUCUUCCUGGGGACGGUGUAGGCUUCAACAUCAAGCAUGUGUCUUUCAGAGAUGUUCAUCGUGGCAGUGUAACUGGGGAUAGUGGAAAUGACUCACCGAUGGAAACAGCUGGCUUCACAGCUCAGGGGCUUAGCCUGAGCCAUCCAGGCUUGAUCGGUGCUAGCUUGUCACGUGGCUUCCAUGGCUCGCAGUUUGGCCCAGCCAGAGGAGAUUGCCAUUCUGGGAAGAAGCUGGAAAAUAGUCCCAAAUUCUUGAAAUACGGUGAUGCUGCCAUUACUGAUGUGGUUCCUGGCAGCCCACGUGUGCUGAGAGCCACUCUGACUGCCCUCCUCUGGGCUGUCGCUGUUCAUGCCAUGAGAUGGACAGGUGCCGUCGGGGCCAUCAAAGCAGUGGAAGGGCAGCCGGAGCUGCAAGACCACCGAGUCCACCCAGAAAGCUCAGGAGCUGGAAGUAGAUUAUCCCCAAGCGCUGCCGCCCCAUCUCAGCCAGUGGUGGAGGAACGGUUUCGGAGCCGUUGGUCUCAGCUGGCCAUUUAAGUUUAAUAGUAAAAGACUGGUUAAUGAUAAUGUGUUGUAAAACCUUGAAGGAGCUGAGAAUGGUUUACAGACAAUUUGUUUUUGUAUGGGAGGCAGUUUUUAUUAGUUUUGAAAUCAGUACUUUUUAAUGAAAACAACUUGACCAAAAAUUUGUCACAGAAUUUUGAGACCCAUUAAAACUUGAUAUAAUAUAAAGCUUAAUGAGGAAUAAUUAUAGGUUCAAAGUAUUUUCUGUGAAUGCUGUAAAGAUAGGGCUUCUUAUUCUUAUUAUGUGAUAUUUAUUGUAUGAUUGAUUGCACACAUGUGUAUAAGUCUGAUGUCUCAAUUUUUCUGAAGGGGAUCUUUAUUAUUUCCUCUAUUUUUUAUACUCACAAAUGUGUUUUUUACCCCCACCUGUAAAUUCUGUUUUUUGUUGAAUUUGUUCAUCUCUCAUCAUGUUGGACUUU